UCCGCCUGCAAACGGUAUGAAAAUUCCACUAGUGGGCUUGCGUCUGUGUGGAUAAGCCCACAAAAUUCCUCGUCCCCCUGCUGGCUCCGUCUAACCACCACACGCUGAAGGGGCUACACGGAGAGAGCUAGACGGAGAGCUAGACGGAGAGCUAGACAGAGAGCUGGGCAGAGAGAACUCACGGGCGUGUGCUAGCAAGAGAAAGAGACGGGGAGAAAGCCAGAAGAGCAAUGAGGUACUGGUGCAAGAGCUGCGAGAUAUUUGUCGAUGAUAACAGCAUCUCAAGGAAACAGCAUGAGGUUAGCACAAGACACAAGGAUGGGCUGAGGAGACUUCUCGAGGAACAGCACCGGAAGAAUAGAGCCAAUUUGAAUGGUCCUCGCACGUUUGCUAAGCACGAUGGGGGUCAUGGAGCCGGUAGCAACGAUUCUGUUGUGGAGGAAGACGACGUGGGCCAAUGGGAAGAGGUUGAGCCCGAACCUACAGCUAUACGAAGAGCACUGGGCUCACCGUUGAGGGACCCUGACGAUGUGGAAUGCCCUGGUGUAGCCACCACUGCAAAGGGGAACAAGUCGUGGGAGCCCACGACGAAGCAAUUGGUGCUAGAUAGUGACGAGGAGAAAGCCGAUACCCAGAGUAAAUCAACUUUUAAGAAGCGUAAGAUACGAAAGUGAGGUACGCUACGCUUUUACGUAUACAUAGAGAGAUAAUUGAACGACAAAUCAACAAAAAUAAGAACCC